GUUCUCGCCAGAUUGGCGGAACUCCCAUCGGCGGUCGACCUUCUAUUCCCGCUCAUCCGAUCCGAUCGCCAAACUCGCUUGGAGAGGGAAGCACGAAGCAUGUCUACGCGAGCAGGCGCCCUUGGUAAGAAGCGGAAUAUCGUCCUUGCCAACAGUCAAGGGCGGGAAACAGGUCGGCGGCAUGUCCCGAAGACGAAGAGGCUUCGUUCAGACGAUGCUUCAGGAAGCGUGCCUCCUCGUCGACCACAAGCUUGGGCGACAGCAGAUGAAGGCGACGACGACGACGUCUUCGCGACGGAGGUAGAAGCGCCAGAGGAAACCGUGUCCGCAGUUCGGGAGAGUGGUCGCCAACGUUCUUCGGAUCACAGCGCUGCGAGGAGAUUGCUGACGCCUCCACCAGAGGCGCAGCACGUGCGUGCCCGUGAAACAUGCUCGGAGAAGAAGGCUGUCGUCGAUGUCGGCGGUGAUGAUGACGAGUCGUUAGAACGACCUGGGGACGGGGCGGUCGCUGCUGCGGGUGUGGGAACUUCAGGCGAUGUGGCACCCGUAUCGAGGGCCAGAGAGGAGCUUCCAGUAGUCGAGCGGGAGGUGGCACAUGGCGAGAACAAAGGUGAUCAGGAGGAUGACGGCCCCCUCUUAAGCCGGGUACGAAGGGGAGGCAUGGCGGAAGAUCUGAUCGACCGUGCCCGACUGUGGGUUGAUGACAAAGCUUUCUGGACGACGGGGGAGGGGCGAAGACUGUAUAACAUCGUCCACGAAACGCAAGAGUAUUUUGUCGCCAUCGCCAAUGGUCUUCAAGCGCCUGCCGUCCCUCGGAGCGUCGGCAUGCCAAAAUCAUGUAUGAAGCUAACCAGGAUUGCCAAUUUCGCACAGCUGCAGCAAGCGAUCUCCCGUGCGGUGGCAAUGGAGAAUAUUGCUCUGCUCGUCUUGCAUGGCUAGGUCUUCAAGUCCGGGAACUGCCCUAGAGGUUACAAUCUGGCUUUCCAGUACACGCUG